AUCCAGUUUAACAAUAAUGGAGAAUAAACGAAAAGAAGAAAGGUAUUUCUCCCUCUAGUCUCUUCACUGGUUUCCGUCUUCGCGGCCACCUGCACCAUCAAUAAAAGCACCACCAAUAAAAGCACCUCUGAAACCCCCAAUUCCCAUAACUUCUCUCCACCAUGUGGCGAACUUCCCUUUCUCUCUAUUCAAAAAGACUCAAUUCUCUCUCUUCUAAACUCAAUCCUUACCCUAAUUCUCCAUUCUUCCACUUCAAUGGCGGAUUAAGCUCUUCCUCUCACCUCUACUCAUCCGUAAUCCCUAAACCAUCUCACUCCAUCAAGCUCGGAUUAGGGUUUCAUCGUCUUUCUCAAUUAUCCAUCGAUUCUUCGUCUUCUCUUUCGCGCGAUCUUGUUGCUGCCGUUUCGCAUUAUGGUGGCUGUUAUUGGGAGCUUUCUAAAGCCAGAUUAAGCUUGCUAGUAGUUGCAACUUCUGGAACUGGGUACGUUCUUGGCAGUGGUCAGAUCAUUGAUCUUGCUGGCCUUUGCUGGACUUGUGCUGGUACAAUGAUGGUUGCAGCAUCUGCUAACUCUUUAAAUCAGGUGUUUGAAAUAAAGAAUGAUGCUAAAAUGAAGAGAACAAUGCAAAGACCAUUACCUUCAGGGCGUUUGACUUCAGGGCAUGCAUUGGCUUGGGCUUCUACGGUUGGGCUUGCAGGCACUGGUUUAUUAGCAUACCAGGCUAAUGCCUUGGCGGCUGGACUAGCAGCGUCUAAUCUUCUUCUGUAUGCAUUUGUUUAUACUCCAAUGAAGCAAUUACACCCAGUAAAUACAUGGGUUGGAGCUGUGGUUGGCGCUAUUCCACCACUUCUUGGGUGGGCUGCUGCUUCUGGUGGGGUUUCUCUUAAUGGGAUGAUUCUCCCUGCUGCGCUGUACUUUUGGCAAAUUCCCCAUUUUAUGGCUCUUGCAUACUUGUGCCGUGACGAUUAUGCUGCAGGAGGGUAUAAGAUGAUUUCUCUUACUGAUAUCUCUGGUCGAAAGACUGCCUUAGUUGCACUGAGGAAUUGUCUGUAUCUGAUCCCUGUGGGUUACUUGGCAUAUCAAUGGGGUUUAACGUCUGGUUGGUUUUGCCUCGAGUCAUCAUUGCUUACUCUAGCAAUCGGUGGGACAGCAAUGUCCUUCUAUCUUAACAGAUCAACAAAGAAUGCUAGGAGAAUGUUCCUUGCCAGCCUUGUCUAUCUUCCCGUAUUCAUGUCAGGACUUAUGUUUCACCGUCUGCAUGAUAAUUGGCAGAAUUAUAUGCAGGAUGAUUCAACCACAGCAACUGUUUCAUCAUCAAGGUCUAUGCAAGAGAGCGAGUAUACUGAGAGUGAAAAGCCAUUUAAAAAUCCGGCUACUGGUAAACAAGUGCGGUCACCUGUCGCUUAUGCCUCCGUUGCACCAUUUCCUUUCUUGCCUGCUCCUUCGUAUUCAGAUUACUAAGUCUGGAGUUCCUAUAUUGUAUAAUACAGAUUUCCGCCCUUUCUAUGUAGAUUCUUGUUUCUCCUUUCUGUUCUUUGACCCUGGUAUCGAUUUUGCUGAAUCCACAAAGGAUAUUCUUACAAGUCCUGCAUGCUGCAGAAUUUUGUUUAUUUCGUUGUCUCUGAUAUAGCUUGCAGUUGACUUGUGUAAUUUUUAUUCUUAAUAAAGGAGACGGUAUAUUUAAGUGAA